AUGUCUAACUCGACAGCCAGUUACAAGCAGCUCAAGGAGGACUUCGUGUCCAACUUGACCGGAGGCCCAGUCAGCGAGAUCGCGGCGGUCACGGCUGUCUUACCCGUCGGUGCUCUGGUAUGGUCCGCCCUGCAGAGCCGCCAGUCCUUCUUCAGGCCGUACACGAUUGUCGGGUUCAUCAUCGACUACUUCCUCAAUGUCGGGGCCGUCCUGCUCGCAAUCACGCUUUACUCCGACACCCCGAUCCUCCUCAUUGUUCUGCUGCUCGCGCCCGCGCUGCUAGUCUACGCAUUCCCACCAAACCUCGUGGCCCGCAGAAAGAAGCCUAAAAUCCCGGCUACCGCGCAGGCCAGCAAGACAAAGGGGUCCGCGGCGGGUCUAGACGUUCUCUCGACAAAGCCCUUCCUGACCAUCUUCAGAGGUUCUAUGCUCGUCAUUACGUGCCUGGCCAUCCUCGCAGUCGACUUUCGCAUUUUCCCCCGGCGCUUCGGCAAGGUCGAGACAUGGGGCACAUCGCUGAUGGACAUUGGUGUCGGCGCCUUUGUCUUCUCGGCCGGAGUUGUCGCGGCGAGGCCUGUAUUAAAAGAACGCGCUCAAGGCCACGGAACUCCUCUGUUCCGGCGGCUCGUAUACUCAAUGCGCCAUUCUUUACCACUCCUCGUGCUCGGUGUCAUCCGCCUGCUUAGCGUCAAGGGCCUCGACUACGCUGAACAUGUCACCGAGUACGGUGUGCAUUGGAACUUUUUCUUCACGCUGGGCUUCUUGCCACCCUUUGUGGCUGUGUUCCAGUCCGCGCUGAAGUUUGUCCCGUCCUACGCCGCCCUUGCCCUCAUCCUCGGGGUCAGCUACCAGGUUUUGUUGGAGAGUACGGGCCUGAAGGCUUACAUCCUCACUGCACCCCGUGUUGACCUCCUUUCCAUGAACCGAGAAGGAAUCUUCAGCUUCUUUGGGUACCUGGCCAUCUUUCUGGCCGGCCAGGACACUGGGAUGUACGUGCUGCCUCGCAAUAUCACCCGGACUGGGUCCAGCGCAGCGACGCAAAGGACCACUUUGCUCAUGACGAUGGCUGUGUGGAGUGUUGUUUGGCUGCUGCUGUUCUUCUUGUCCACGAACUACAACUACGGCGCUGGAUUGCAGGUGUCUCGCAGACUGGCCAAUCUUCCGUACGUCUUGGGGGUGGUUUCCUUCAACUCGGUCCAGCUCAUGGCCUGCUCUCUUGUCGAGACGAUAUUUUUCCCGUCGUUCUACAAUGCGGCCGACACCAAGGCGGAGAAGGAAGCAUAUGAGAUCGCCACUCCCAGGGUGUUGCGUGCUUACAACCGCAAUGGCCUUGCCGUCUUCCUCAUUGCCAACCUCCUGACAGGGCUGGUCAAUAUGACAGUCCCGACUUUGGAUGUUGGGCCGAUCGUAAGUGUGGGUAUAUUGGUUGCGUACAGUGCAGUCUUGACGGGCGUGGCUGUGGCCUUGGAUGCGUACAACAUUUCGAUCAAGCUAUGA